GCCGAAACAAGCGAACUCAUUGAAGCUCGUAGCGAGCGAUAUAAAAUUCUUAAGAUGUUUUUGACCAGAUCGGAGUACGACAGAGGAGUAAACACCUUUUCUCCAGAAGGACGACUGUUCCAAGUAGAAUAUGCUAUUGAGGCAAUUAAGCUGGGCUCUACAGCCAUUGGCAUCCAGACAUCAGAGGGUGUAUGUCUGGCUGUGGAGAAGAGGAUCACGUCUCCUCUGAUGGAACCCAGCAGCAUUGAGAAGAUUGUGGAGAUAGACACCCACAUUGGUUGUGCUAUGAGUGGCUUGAUAGCUGAUGCCAAGACUCUUAUCGACAAAGCAAGAGUGGAGACACAGAACCAUUGGUUCACAUACAAUGAGACCAUGACAGUGGAGAGUGUGACCCAGGCCGUGUCUAACCUGGCCCUGCAGUUUGGAGAGGAGGACGCAGACCCCGGAGCCAUGAGUCGACCCUUUGGUGUAGCGCUUCUCUUUGGAGGACUUGAUGAGAAAGGACCCCAGCUGUACCACAUGGAUCCAUCAGGCACCUUUGUCCAGUGUGAUGCCCGGGCCAUCGGCUCUGCUUCAGAGGGAGCACAGAGCUCACUGCAGGAGGUCUACCACAAGUCCAUGACAUUAAAGGAUGCUAUCAAAUCGUCCCUCACCAUCCUAAAGCAGGUGAUGGAGGAGAAACUGAAUGCCACAAACAUUGAGCUGGCAACAAUUGAGCCUGGCAAGACUUUCCACAUGUACUCUAAAGAAGAGCUGGAGGAUGUUAUUAAGGACAUCUAGAGCACAGUGGGGCUCUGUGGGUCUUGUCAGCCAUGAGGAGAGGAAAUCCACUCAGCUACAACAACAUCAGUACUUCUGCUGAAUUCAUUAGUUCCUUCUGUGAACGGGAGGCAACUACAUUUUUCUUGUUUAGGUGCAGAUUUCUAAAGUUCUAUACAGGCAUAAUUUCAGAUCAGUCCUUAGAACUGAGAUGUAUUAAAAUUAGGUUACUUUUUGUUACGAAUAAAUGUUGUAUUC